UCCUUCUUCUGCUUCCCCGAUCCAUCGCUUUCCGUUCGUAGCCCCUCCCACUCAUACUUCUUCACCUUCGCCACAGCUCUCUCUCUCUCUCUCUCGCUCGCUCUUUCUCUGCUUUAGUUGCCGGAUCUCCCAAUGGCUUUUUCAGGUGCUCGUGAAUUUGACUGGCAGAGAAGGAUGAUAUGAUUGCAAUGCAGAUCUAUUAUUGUUUGUUUGAUACACAGAGUAAGUUGGUACCGCCUUUACAAGAUGCCAUAUUUCAUACAGAGACUUUAUAAUACUUGCAAAGCAUCAUUUUCCCCGAAUGGACCGGCCUCAGAAGAAGCUCUUGAGAAAGUUCGUGCCAUGCUAGACAAAAUCAAGCCUACUGACGUAGGUCUUGAACAGGAAGCACAAUUGGUACGCAGUUGGUCAGGUACUGCGAAUGAGCGUAAUGGAAGCCAUCAGUCACUGCCAACAAUCAAAUACUUGCAUUUACAUGAGUGUGACAGCUUCUCUAUAGGAAUUUUCUGCAUGCCACCUUCCUCUAUCAUACCUCUUCAUAAUCAUCCUGGAAUGACCGUGUUGAGCAAGCUUGUUUAUGGCACACUACAUGUUAACUCAUAUGACUGGCUUGAUUUACCUGGGCCUUCUGAUCCUUUGCAAGCAAGACCUGCAAAGCUGGUUAGGGAUGUUGAGGUGACGGCACCAUCUCCAACAACAAUUCUUUAUCCCACAAGUGGAGGCAAUAUCCAUAGUUUCCGAGCAUCAACUCCCUGUGCUAUAUUUGAUAUCCUAGCUCCACCUUACUCUUCCAAAGAUGGACGGCACUGCACUUAUUUCCGAAAGUCUCCAAGAAAGGAUCUACAUGGUGAUUGUCAGUUGGAUGGAGUUACAGGCUCUGAAGUGACUUGGUUAGAAGAAUUUCAACCUCCUGACAACUUUGUGAUUCGGAGAGGGCUGUACAGGGGUCCUGUUAUUAGAACUUGAUAUUUCUUGUUUUGCUGGAUCAUGCAUUUUAAUUAUCUUGACUCUUCAUUGAGGGAAAUCAUGGUAUAUGAGUUGUCAAUAGCCAUUGGAACAAAAAUAAGUUAUGUUUGGCUCUACGUUAGGCAUUUGGUUUGUACAUAUUAAUUCACUAAUCUAGUCCUCUGUUUUACUGACC